UUUAGUAUAAAUACUGGGCGUAUGUAGCAAGUUUCUUUAGACUAAACCAAACUAAAUAAGGAUCUUAAAGUGUUAUAAAAGAAUAUAGAAAUAUUAAAAGUUAUAAAAAGUGAUUGUGAAAUGGAUGUUUAAGGAUAAUGAAAAUGAUUUAAUAUUAGUUGUGUUUAGUUCUCAUAUAAAAAUGAAAAAAAAAUGUGUUAAACGAACCAGUGUGUUUGUUUUUCAUGUAAAAAUGUCGAUGUGGUUAAAUUGCCGAAACCUUAGAGUUGUCAUAACCUUGAGAUGGGUUAAAAUAAAGUCACUACAGUAAGAAGUGACGUCGACCUUCGUAACGCAAGCUUAACACAAUCUUACCGUGACCGGAAGUUGCCAAAAUGGGUUUUUGGUCGGGCCUGAAAGCGAUCGUGGUCUCGGUGGCGGCGUUUCUUGGCCUUACAAGCAAUGAGGCGUGUUUCGGUGGACUCGGUUGCUUCUCUAACAAGGCACCCUUCGACAACGCGGGCGGCUAUCUACCACAGGCUCCUGCUGACAUCAAAGUGGAGUUUUUAUUAUACACUCCUCAGAACCGUGCCGUGCCCCAGGUGAUCUCCGCUGACGCCGCCGUCCUGCGCGCCUGCCAUCUUUCGUCUAUUCGGAAGUCGGUGUUCAUCAUCCAUGGUUACCGGGAUAACCCAUAUGCGUCCUGGGUCACCGACAUGAAGGACGCCCUCCUCUCGCAGACAGACGUAAACGUGGUGUCGGUUGACUGGGGGCGCGGGGCGGAUCAAUCAGACUAUGACCAGGCCGCAGCCAACACGCGCGUCGUUGGUGCCCUCAUCGCGCAGCUUCUCACCGCUCUCCGAGACUUUCGGUCUCUUAACUACAAGGACGUCCAUCUGGUGGGCCACAGCCUAGGUGCCCAUAUCGCCGGGUACGCCGGUGAACGUAUGAACAAGUCCGUGGGAAGAAUUACAGGCCUUGACCCUGCAGGACUGUCGUUCGAGGCAGACCCAGAGGAGGUACGUCUGGAUCCCGGUGACGCUCUGUUUGUCGACGUCAUACACACAGAUGCUCAACCCCUUAUUUCACUAGGGUUUGGGACAAAGUUACCAAUGGGUCACGUGGACUUCUACCCGAAUGGCGGGAAAGACCAGCCCGGCUGUACGCGCUCAGCCAGCGACCACCUAUUCAAACUCAUCACAGGAAAAUUUACAAGUUUUCGGGAGGGCAUCGCGUGCGACCAUUCACGUGCUCAGGACUACUUUACCGAGUCAAUAACCUCCACGUGCCGAUUUACGGCCAGCUGGUGUCUAAAUUAUGACGCGUUUAAACGCGGCGACUGCCCCUGCGGUAAGUCGCCGUGCGUCUCCAUGGGAUUCUACGCACGCGCAAAUGCCACGCGCGGAAAGUACUUUCUAGAUACGGCCGACAAGUCUCCUUUCUGUUUAACUCGGAACUCGUUAUGAUUCGUUUUACGAUAUAUAAUGUAUUAUAAAGUGAAUAAACGUAAAGUCGGUUUAGA